GUUGAACACUUGUACAAACGUAAUGAUGUGGAGCUUAUGAUGAAACUGAGAAUGCUAAGAUCCGACCCGAUUGCAACCUCGCUUGCCUUCCAGCACUUGCGAGUCACGUGCGUCCUAUAUCCUUCAUUCCCACUGCGCCGUCUUCAUCCGAGGUCCAGUGAUCGUUAAUGGAGGCGGCCGGCAAGGGCUUCGCCGAUCUCGAUCCCGUCUUCGGAGAAGCAAAGGCUGAGUGGAGCCAUAGCUCUGCCUCUCCGGCGUCUCCGCUCCACCAAUUCCUCUUCCACGCACGCGCCCUCGAUCCUUCCUGCCUUGAGAUCGCGGCCACCGACUUCCACUCCCACACCUUCGAUCUAAAACUCACCGUCUUGGAGCUUGAGGACCUUAGGGACGACGUUGGGAUUGGUGGCUCUUGGUUCGAGUUUCUUGAUUAUCUGAUUGCUUCUUUGUCUUCAGAGGAUGUGAAGCUUGUAUUGGAUAGCCCUGAUGCCAUACAUGCUAAAUUGAUAGCCCACAAGUCAAAGGGACUACCUCGCAUUUCUCUUUCUCUCAACAGAAGUAUAAAUUCAUCAGCUAAUGAUGUCAUGGCGAGUUUAUCGCUCGUGCUUUUUGGGGCAUUCAAGCAGAAGCAGAACGAUGUAAUAAAAGGAAAAGAACAUUCUAGACAGUUGGCUAUAUCUCUGACAUCUGAGAAGGAAAGGUGUGAAAGUUUGCAGAGGCAGCUUGAUAGUUGUUCAUUUUCAAAGAUGCGGAAAGCACCUAAGCUAAAGGGAUCAGAUGACAACACACCACCUGUUGCUGAUACUAUUAACAAUUUGGAUGCUUCAUUAGUAUCCAAAACUCAGCAAGCAUUAGAUGUACCAUCUGGUAGAGAUGCUCAACCUGUGAAAGCAGUUCAUCGAGCUGCCCCGGUGAAUCGAAGGACCAAAGUUAGAGGUGCUCUGCUGCAAGAUUCUAAGGAUGAUGAUGGCACCUGAACAAUUCAUCAAACAAAGUCCUUGAUAUCUCACAUCACUUGGUAAAUUUACUUAUUAAUGGCACUCUAGGUAACGUUUCAUAUUAGGAAAGAAACAAUUGUAAGUUUGCAUAUUGAUACAAUAUACAUGCAUUUUGUUCGAUUUUCCCUUUUUUUUUUUUAUAUUUCCAAAUGUACCAUACGCUGUGAAUUUCUCUGUAAAAUUUUUUAUUCAAUUGUCAAUCCAACUGUAACCAGGAUUCUUAUCAA